AUGAGGAAAGGGCCAGGAGUAUGCUCUGCAGAGAAAGUGGAGCAACAGCUGGCUUGGGUCUUCACCAGUCUCAUCGACACCUACCUCUGCUAUCAUGUGGUCAAACCAAAACAAGUGAAAAUGGUACUGCAGGACUCGGCCUUUAAGACAGAUGAUAUCAAAGUUUACACAGAGAGUGGCUAUGCUGUGGUUGUGGGAGAGGUUAAUGCUGUGAAGGAGAAGAUUGCAAUUCUGAAAAAAAGCCUACCCACCAAAAAAGAGCUGCCACUUGUAGAGAAAUUGUUCAAGCUCGUAGAAGAAGAGUUCAAUCGAGAAAUGUUCGCUAACUAUCCAGAUGUUAAAGUCGUCAGAGGUAGUGCCAUGAUCACUUUGGAGGGCCCUGACAAAGAGGUGCAGUCAGGAGCUGCAAAACUGGUUGAACUGAUUAAGAACGUAAAGGAGAAGAGCGUUAAGUUCCCUACAGCUCUGCUAAUCUUCAUGAAGACCAGUGGUGCCAUCUCCAAAUACCAAGCUCGUUUCCAGCAGAGGCUCAGAAACCCUGUUUUCUUUGAGGUGGGUUCAGAUCUGGUUCUGUCCAGUUUGUCCUCUGAUGCUCUGAAUGAGGCCGAGGCAGCAGUGAUGAGAGACCUUAAAUCGGAUAUUAUAGAGCUGCAGGGAGCUGCAGCAGUACCUCCAGAUUUAGACAGAAUGAAGGAAAUCCUGAUGAAAACGAAGAAAGAAGCAAACAUUAGUGAGCUCAGAGUGGAUGUGAGCUUCAUUCCAGGAGCCAGAGGAACUGCAAUGACCAAAGUACGACUGGUGGGCUACAGUGAGGAUGUUAAAAAGCUCAGUGAGGUCCUUCGUGACUUCCAGAUAAAUAAGGUUACGACUGAAGAAAUGAAACUGCCACAUCCUGAACUGGUUGACUGCUUUGAUAAAGUAUUAGGCUUGAUCGGUAUGAAGCAAUCUAAUAUGACCUUGAAAGCCUCACAUGUUCCACAUCCCUGUGUGCUCGUGAAGGGUCCUCGUUCUCUGGUUCAGAAAGUUCGAACAGACUUAGCCACGAGUCUAGCGCAGCUGUCAACUGAUACAGUGGUGUUAAAUGAACUGGCGGUGCAGUGGUACUUUCAGGGAGAUGGCAGACAAAACACAGAACUGGUGGAGAGAUCCUGUCAGGUCCUCAUCAGAGAAAAACAACAUCUUCAAACACCCACGAGUGACCUUGCUGACAUCACCAUAACUCUGAAAGGCAGAGUUAAACUACAAGUGGUGUUUGGUGACAUCACUAAUGAGACUACAGAUGCUGUGGUGAACACAACGGACUUCAAAGACUUUCAGACAGAUGGAGUGUGCAAAGACAUCUUAAGAAAGGCUGGGCCUCAGGUUGAGGCUGCACUAAAAAACAGAAAAGUGAACAGUGGAGAGAUUUUGGAAACACCGCCUGGCAUGUUCCCUUGUAAAGCCAUUUUACACGUGUGUGGAGAAAAAGAUACAGUUGCCAUCGAGCAGCUGCUUCGUCGCAUCAUUCAACUUUGUGAGUCUUCUGAUUACAAGUCUUUGGCUGUUCCUGCCAUCUGUGCUGGAUCUGGUGGAUUGGACCCCGAUUCUGUGGCACAUGCCAUCCUCCAAGGGGUUAAGACUGCUGCCUCGUCCCAUCCUCUCCAGCGUCUCACCAACAUUCGCCUCGUACUCAACAAGCUCACUGUGUUCCUGGCAUUUAAAAAGAAAGCAAUGCAGAUGUUUCCCUUUGCUGUGAUCAACUCAGUGUCAGCUUAUGCCCUGCAAUGCUUUAAUAUUCAAGUAAUGAACGACCCAAGGAUCCCUCAUAUCAGCUCUACUGCCCAGCAGUCUGCUUUCUUGAUUGUAGGUCUGUGCAGAAAAAAUGUUGAUGAUGCCAUUGCAAUGCUCGGGAGAGUGUAUCAACCCCUGCAGUCAACACAAACCCAGCAGGAGGAGAAAAGUUAUUCUUGGGACUGUUUUUUAAUGAUAUCUGGAGAUACUUUCAGAGAGGAGAAGACUCUGGAGGUGGUGAGUGUGGAAUUCCUGCAGAGGUUGAAGGCAACACCUAUAAAAUCUGUUUCAAGGACAAAGAAGGCACCAACAAAAGUGAUCACAAAACAUCUCGAGAGGACAUUUAACAUAGAUAUUUUCCUCCUGUAUUAUCUAAGAGAUAAACCCAAGGCAUUAAAAAUUCUCCAGAAGCAGCUCUCUUAUAUCGGCUGCACGGUGGAAUUAAAAUUUGAUGAUGAAAAUGUUGUAGUUAGAGGUGACAGUCAGAGUCAGCCAGGAUGCCCUGCAGAGAAACAGGAGCUACAGCUGGAUCAGAUUUUCAGCCGUUUCAAUGAGAACUAUCUCUGCUAUCAUGUAUUUGAGCCAAAAAAGAUCAAGAUGCUGCUGCAAGACUCCUCCCUCAAGAUAGAUGACAUCAAAGUGUACAAUGAGAAUGGCUAUGCUGUGGUUGUGGGAGAGGUCCAUGCUGUGAAGGAGAAGAUUGCAGAUCUGGAAAACAUUCAAUACACCAAAAAAGAGCUGCCAAUUGUGGAGAAGCAGUACAGGCGUAUAGAAGAAGAGUUCAAUCGAGAAAUGUUCGCUAACUAUCCAGAUGUUAAAGUCGUCAGAGGUAGUGCCACAAUCACUUUGGAGGGCCCUGACACAGAUGUGCAGUCAGGAGCUGCAAAACUAGAUGAACUGAUUAAGAACAUAAAGGAAAAAAGAGUCAAGUUCCCCACAGCUCUGCUAAUCUUCAUCAAAACCAGUGGAGCCAUCUCCAAAUACCAAGCUCGUUUCCAGCAGAGCCUCAGAAACCCUGUUUUCUUUGAGGUGGGUUCAGAUCUGGUUCUGUCCAGUUUGUCCUCUGAUGCUCUGAAUGAGGCUGAGGCAGCAGUGAUGAGAGAGCUCAAAGUGGCCACUGUAAAACUGCAGGGGGCUGCAGCAGUACCUCCAGAUUUAGACAGAGUGAAGGAAAUCCUGAUGAAAGCGAAGAAAGAAGCAAACAUUAGUGAGCUCAGAGUGGAUGUGAGCUUCAUGCCAGGAGUUACUGGAACUGCAAUAACUAAAGUACGACUGGUGGGCUACAGUGAGGAUGUUAACAAGCUCAAUGAGGUCCUUCAUGGUUUCCAAAAGAAUGAAGUUGAUAUUCAAGAAGUGGUAAACUUGUCACAUCCUGAACUGGUUGACUGCUUCGAUAAAUUGUUAGACCUGAUUGGCAUGAAGCAAUCUAAUGUGACCUUGGAAGCCUCACAUGUUCCACAUCCCUGUGUGCUCGUGAAGGGUCCUCGUUCUCUGGUUCAGAAAGUUCAGACAGACUUAGCCACGAGUCUAGCGCAGCUGUCAACUGAUACGGUGGUGUUAAAUGGACCGGGGGUGCAAUUGUACUUCCAGGAAGAAGGCAGACAAAACAAAGAGCUGUUGGAGAGAUCCUGUCAGGUCAUCAUCAGGGAACAACAAGAAGUCUAUUCUCAAAGUACCACAAGUGUGUCUGAUCUUUACCCAGAGCCACUAUACAUUAACGUCAUCAGCUCCAACCCAGACAGACUGGAAAGCAACACUGCCAGAAGUACACCAAACACAACAGCUGUUAACAAAACAAACCUGGAGAUCAAGCUUAGCACUUUGGAAGAUGAACAGGUGAAUGUGGUGGUGGCCCCCAUGGUAUCCAAAAAGCUUGCUUCCACUAAAGUUGGUAAAUGUCUACUGAAAAAAGCAGGAAAUCCAUUGCAGAAGGUCUUUCAUCUGAUAGCUCGGAAGUGGACCCUUUCUGCUGGUAAUGUUAUGGUGGUUGAUGCACCUCCGGCUCUGAGCUGCUCUAAGAUCUUCUUCAUUGAGUGUCUGCCAUGGGAUGGAGUUGAUGGCCUCAGCAUGCAGACACUUGCUAUUGGGCUAAAAAGGUGUUUGGAACUCUGUGUAGAGGAAGGCUGGUGUUCAAUUGCCUUUCCAAUCAUUGGACCCGGGGUAGUUCUGAAAUAUCCCCAGAAAGAAGCCAUUCAAGUGCUGACUGACAGCAUUGACCAGUUUGGAUUAUCUGGGUCAUGUGAAUCCCUUCACAACAUCUAUAUUGUCAUUAAACCAGACUAUCAAGACUCUGAGGAGGUGACAGAAAACAUUUCUGGAAAGGUGGUGCUUAAACCAAACAUGUAUCUACAGUGCUACCAUGAGGUCUACAGACAGCUGAGCUUGAAGAUCAAGCAGAGCGGUCAAGCCACCUUCAAGUCCCUCAAGAGUGACCUAACUGGCAUAACUGUGAAAGUCCGAGGUGGGGUUGAACUAGAAGUGGUUUUUGGUGACAUUGUUAAUGAGACUACAGAUGUUGUGGUGAACUCAACUGACUUCACAAAUUUUCAAGGAUCUGGUGGUUUGGACCCCAACCACGUUGCAUAUGCCAUCCUCCAAGGGGUUAAGACUGGUGCAACUUUCCGUCCUCUCCAGUGUCUCACCAACAUUCGCCUUGUCCUCAACAAGUUCAGUGUUUUCCUGGCAUUUAAAAAGCGAGCAAUGCAGAUGUUUCCAUCUGCUGUUAUCAACACAGUUGUUGCACAAGCCACCCCAGUUAUGAACAUAGACCCAAGCAUCCUUUCUACCAGCUCCAGAGUUCAACAUUACACCUUCAUGAUUGUCGGACUAUGCAGAAAAAAUGUUGACAAUGCCAUUGCAAAUCUCAAAAGUCUGUAUCAGGCUGAGUGCACUACGCAAAUCUUCAGGCAGGAUGAACUUGCAGGCCUCACUCAAGAUGAUGUGAACCACUUAAAGCAGUUGACUGAGGUCCUGGGUGUAUAUGUAUUGGAAGACCAUUUUAAUCCAGACUGCUGGACUGUGAGUGGGUUGAAAGAUGGAGUCCAUCAGGUGAUGCAAGUGAUUAGAAAAUCUGCUACGUAA